CGUUCAACCGCGAAUCCCCCGGCCAUUUGCCGUUCCAAUUCGUCACGCGCGACGAUUUCCUGUCUGGUCUCGCCAACCAAAACCGAGCGCUCGAUCGGUCUACCGCAAAUGAGACCGCCAAACGCCGGAAGGAUGUUGAUGCUUAAUUACGCGGGCCAGAGCAGAUGUUCCUGAAUAGUUUUUGGUUUUGUUAGUGUUGUAAAUUUAUGUUCACACAUUGUUCUAGAUAUGCCUAAAUAUUCAAUUCGGUCGUUUCGAUGUUUUUGAUUGCCACUUUGAAACGGUUUGAGCAAGUUGAGAAAGCUCUAGCGCUGGAUUUUGAAGGAAGAUCCCCCAACCAUGUUUGGGACCGGAAGAGCGAUUGACAGACAGCGUUUCGCCUCUUAUUGAAAGCGCAUUUUCCACAUUCUUGGCUACGCCCACUUUGUAUUCGAGUCCCUUUAAAUCCUACUCUUCAAUAUCAGGGUGACUCCACUUGGCACACUAUCUUUGGGUUUAGCUUUUUACUUUGUCCAUGUCUCUAGAAGUCCGUGGUGACACAUAUAUAUACAUGCUUUUGUGCAUCAAAUUGUUAGUCAGUCAAUGAAAGAUUCUAAAUGAACCGAUGCUAAAAUCUGACAAUGUUAGGUGGCCACCCUGCCUAGUACCAAAAAGACAGAGCAGCCAGUCUUGGUUGGUUUCAAUAUGAGGUCCCUUUUUGAUCGAUCCCAGUGUGGUCCUACGUAGAACGAACAUUCGUACGUACUGCGAACAUUAGAGCGUCACACUUAAUCAGAGCGGAAAGCGUAUGUAGUGGUUGUAGAAGAGGGGCAAAAACUGAGGGGGAUCUUUUCACUUCAUUAGUGGCUGUUCCAAGUUGAACAAGUUGUUCGACCAACUCGUCCCUAGGGAGAGCUAUCAUGGACUCUUAAAACCAUUCAGAGUAUCGCCUUCAAGUGCCGGGAUAUUAUUUGACUUUGAGCAAUCUGAACGGUGACACGUGACACGAUCUGAAGUGACAAAGUGUGUACGACACGUGACUGAGACUGGAUUCAAGAUGCAAUACCGAGAGAUCUUUGCCAUGAAUGCUUACGCCAGUUUGAGCACUGCCAAUAGCAACAACAAUAAUAGUAGUAGUAGUAAUAAUAAUAACGGCAAUAAUCACAAUAACUCUAGGCCAAGUGAGAGCGGCGAUGGCAGCGAUGUGAUUUCAUCCUCGUCCAAUGGAUUUGGCGCUGAACUGGACGGCAAAAUGGAUCAAAGCAUGUCAGAUUUUAACAUGUCACCCAGUCCAUCGCCCAGUUCGACCUCACCGGGAAACUCUCGGGAUUCAUCCUUCCAUCUUCCGAGUCACCCUCAAAUCCACUCCAAUCAUAACAAUAACAACAAUAAUAAUAAUAACCAGACGGACUUUGGCUUGAGGAAUCAGUUCAUGGAGACGCAAGUCUACCAGGAUUUCAUUGACUCUGUAUCAUCGCCGAUGAAUCUAGACUCGUUGUCCCAUGGGUCCAUAUCAUCGCCGGAAUCUCGAUCCUCGCCUCACCCAUCUUCCACCACUUCCAAUGACGAUGAAGCACUUCACCGAGAUUCGAGCAAUAAAUGCAUGCGAAAACGAAAGCGAAAAUCGCCGCAAUUUCAAGUCCAACAACGACAUGCGGCAAAUAUGCGAGAAAGGAAACGAAUGCAAUCCAUCAAUGAUGCCUUUGAAGGUCUCCGUCACCAUAUCCCCACUUUACCUUAUGAAAAGAGACUGAGCAAAGUGGACACCCUCCGUUUAACUAUUGGAUACAUCAGUUUCUUGUCAGAAAUGGUCGCCAAUGACGAUUAUCCUCCAGCGAAGCAGGCGCCCAAACCGAUCCCCGAGAAAAAGAUCAUCGUUCACAGUAUGAAAGGUGCAUAUGCAAUGAGUCACAGUCUGAGUUGGUCGAGCAAUAAGGAGAACAAGCUCUUUGGCAGCAAAGUCUGGAUGCCCGAAGACCCCAAGAGUGCCAAAGCCAAUGGAAGAUACCCGUGAAUGGAUUCAAUUAUGUUUACAUUGUACAGUACAACCAAGAGGGAUUGUACAAUAACACGAAGAGCUCGUCUAGUCUAUCUUUUGUGAAUGUUUGUGUCCGACAGGUUGUGAAUUUACACUGAAUAAAUAAAGAAAACGGGAAAAAUAACCAGAAACGGUGUCAAGUUUCUGCAACCGAAAAAGAAGUUUCCUUUCACGAAGUAACCAACUACCAACCAUGAUAUUUGUAUGAUAUUUAGAGUGUUAGGAAAUUUAAAAAAGAAAUUGAAGUGGCAGUACAG